CGGUCGGCGCAUGCGCUCAACGGCGCCCAGCGUUCCCGGCCCGCGCGGGGCGUGAGCCGCUCUGCCCGCCAAAGCUGCCCUCGCGCCUGCCGCCAUGUCCGUCACCGUCGAGCUAGAGUUCGAAGAGCUGGACGCCCAGAGUCGCUGGCAGCAGCUGUACUUGGAAAUUCGAAAUGAGUCCCAUGAUUAUCCUCAUAGAGUGGCCAAGUUUCCAGAAAACAGAAACCGAAACCGGUACAGAGAUGUGAGCCCAUAUGAUCACAGCCGUGUGAAGCUGCAGAAUGCUGAAAAUGAUUAUAUCAACGCCAGCUUGGUCAACAUUGAGGAGGCGCAGAGGAGCUACGUCCUAACCCAGGGUCCACUUCCUAAUACAUGUUGUCAUUUCUGGCUUAUGGUUUGGCAGCAAAAGACCAAAGCGGUUGUCAUGCUGAACCGAGUUGUGGAGAAAGAAUCGGUUAAAUGUGCACAGUACUGGCCGACAAAAGAUGACCGAGAGAUGGUGUUUAAAGAAACAGGAUUCAUUGUGAAGCUCUUGUCAGAAGAUGUGAAAUCCUAUUAUACAGUACAUCUACUACAAUUAGAAAAUAUCAAUAGUGGUGAAAGCAGAACAAUAUUUCACUUUCAUUAUACUACCUGGCCAGAUUUUGGAGUCCCUGAAUCACCAGCUUCGUUUCUCAAUUUCUUAUUUAAAGUGAGGGAGUCUGGCUCUUUGAACCCUGAGCACGGGCCUGCAGUGGUCCAUUGUAGUGCAGGAAUUGGGCGGUCUGGCACCUUUUCCUUGGUUGACACGUGUCUGGUUUUGAUGGAACAAGGAGAUGAUAUUAAUAUUAAACAAGUAUUACUGAAUAUGAGAAAAUAUCGAAUGGGACUUAUUCAGACACCAGAUCAACUCAGAUUCUCAUAUAUGGCUAUACUAGAAGGAGGAAAGUUUAUAAAGGGAGAUUCAAAUAUACAGAAACGGUGGAAAGAACUUUCUAAGGAAGAUUUAUCUCCUGCUUUUGAUCUGUCACCAACCAAAAUAAUGACUGAAAAAUACAAUGGGAACAGAAUAGUCUUAGAAGAAGAAAAACUGGCAGGUGACAGAUGUACAGGAUUGUCCUCUAAAACGCAAGAUACUGUGGAGGAAAACAGUGAGAGUGUUCUUCGGAAACGUAUUCGAGAGGACAGAAGAGCUAACACAGCUCAGAAGGUGCAGCAGAUGAAGCAGAGGCUAAAUGAGACUGAACGGAAAAGAAAAAGGUGGUUAUAUUGGCAACCUAUUCUCACUAAGAUGGGGUUUGUGUUGGUCAUUUUGGUUGGCGCUUUUGUUGGCUGGACACUCUUUUCUCAGCAGAAUGCCCUAUAAAUAACCAUUAAUUUUGCACAGCAAGCUUCUGCAGCAGGAGCUGACAGUGCUCGUUAAUCACAAGGGUUUGUCUGUUAGCAGGAAACUCCUCCUGUCCCGGAAAUGGUGCAGUAGAGUAGCCAUCGCCCCGAUAAGCGAUAUUGCCAGGCUCGGGCCCAGCAUCUCAGGACUAUUGACUGCAGGUUCCUCUGAAACGCAGACUGUAAAUAGCUUCAUAAAAUAAAGACAUUGAUGUUUGUUAAAAACCUGGUACAUUUUGCACCUGUAUUCACACAUGUUAAAUGUAGUAUUUUACCUGACCAGAUUGGGAAAUCCUUUAUCACAAGGAUCUGUUUUGGGAGGCUAUCUGGAUUUUAACAUGCACUUGAUAUAAGCAAUAAAUAAUUUGGUUUUUUCUAUGUUAUUAAUGGAAAGAAAAUUACCUUUAAAUAAUGCGUGUAAUGUAUAAUGUACCAUUGACAUGGGCAGCAACGUUUUAUAUUCUGACGCAUUUCAGGAUAAAUACAUUUUAUAAGUACCUAUUUAAUCUUAACUUUUGUAGCUAAAUGUACUUUUGAAAAAUCUGUUACUAUAAAAUAACAAAUUGUAUGUUGUUUCAAUUGUACUGGAUACAUUUUCCAUUUUCCUAAAGACAAGUUUGAUACAAGUAGUUAGAACUCUGAAGAGGCAAUUUUUACU